UGAACUUUCAUAGACGAAACAGGAGCCUUGAGCAGCUGUGCAGCCCUCCCGCUAUCUGCAUUCCCUCUGCAUUGCUGAUCAGCCUCGAUUAAAGGCAGAGCGGUUUAGAAAACACUGUUUGAGCAGCUCGGGCCAGUCGGGCAGCUUAUGCAACAGAUCCACGAUCACGCUAGUGUGCAAAGAAACGAGGUCUGCUUAGCUGCCCUGAUCAUCUUUGAUUGACUCUCCUAAUUCCCCCGCUAGUCUAGUGCAGCGUUUGUCAGACGUUCAGCAACCGGCUGCUUCUGAGCGUGGUCUUUCUAGGACGCCAGAGUUGGCCUCCCUUCCAACAUUUCACGUUGGCUUCGGGUGUCUUCUAAAGUUCAGGAUGUAUCCUGGCCCCGGGCAGACUGCUGCAAAAGCCAUGGGGUUCAAUCAUAUGUCAAGCACCUUUGAGGCUCAGAUGAUGGCGGGGCACUUGAGGCCUUCGCAAUUCAAUCUUAAUCUAGAGGAUCUGUGGCGGAAACUGCAGCGCUUAAAGGCCCAGUACUUGGACCUACUUGAUGAAGUCAGGCGGCAGAUCGCCAACAGAGCUGCAAGUGGAAACCAAGGCGAGCAGGAGCGUGAUAGGAACCUGAAGAUGCUCAGGGGUGCUGACAGAGCUGUGGCUAUGCUGCUGGCUCGAGACCCGGGCCAUGCGAGGUCUAUCUUUCAGAACUUUGGGAAAAGUGUGGAGGGGUUUGAGCAGGAGGUCUGCUCGCUGAUGUCAUACUGGCUGAAGGCCGCGCCUCAGGCGAUGGGGCCAAGCAACCGAGUGCGAGCCAUGCCACCUGGAGCUUUGGCACCGCACCUGGAAGCGGAACGGUUGUGGCACCAUCUGCAGCACCUAUUGACCAGAUACCUGGAGCCCUUAACCAAGGUUAACGGGGAGGUUAAGGCAGCGGCAGCGGCUGCAAGCGAGAGCGAUCCGGGUCAAGAAAGGGCUUUGAAGUCCUUCAAGGUGAUCACAGAAAGAAUGCUGGAGACAAUUAUGGCGGCGGAUCCGGAUCAGGCAAUGGCGCUGCGGCGCAACUUUCCAAAAGGGCUGGACGUCUUUGAACAGCAGGUGGAAGCGCUGCUGUCGACAUGGGAGAAGAGGAAGAGACAAGGCGUCAAGUCACGAACGACGGUUGAGGAUCUGAGCGUGUGUGCAAUCUGCGAAGAGGAGUGGGGACCCGAGCGACGAAGGACAGCUAUCAUCCCCCGUCAGGAAUUCACUUGUGGGCAUGCCCUCUAUUGUAGUAAAUGCUUGGAUUCGUUCUUCAGAAGCAUGCGUGAGAAGGUGAGGGUAGGCGCCCCAGUCGCUUAUCACUGCCCGAGCUACUGUGACUUGGGACCAGAGCUGCCGAGGUUGGUACGGAUACACAUAGGUGGAUAAAAAUGAAAAUAAUCGACUAUAAACAUUGGUACUUAUGGAAGAAGCGAGUUGUUGACUCACUCUCUGGAAGCCAGGGGAAGGUAAGCGUGUAUGCCAACAGAAGCUGUGGACGGACUGUUACUCAGCUGCAAACUUACCUAGUAGGCGAUUGCAGGGCGCAUAUCGCUCAUUACCACUGUACAUUCUGUAUAUUUAAGCAUUACGUGCCAGGUCUCAAGCUGAGGGCUGGAAUAUACAUG